AUAAAGAGUGCUAUUUAGCUGGAAAGAAAUUCCAUUUGAGGCCACAAAAAAAUAAUAACCAAAAGGUUUCUUGGCUUAAUUGUGUUACGGAAACCUACUUUUAUAUUCUAGCUGCUSUGACAUCAAUUUACAAGAAAUAUAAUUGUAUUUGUGAGGCACAAAAGCCAUGAUAAAUCAAGGCCCUCCACCGCCAGGAGCCGGCUACAGAAAUCAACCAUUCGAUGUUAGUCUUAAAGGAGGACAACCUCAGCAAAUGAGACCGCCGGGAUCUUUUCCACAACAACAACAAAAUCCCGCAAAUAAUAUGACAAAUGGACAAAUGAACGGUGGAUUUCCUUCUCAAUUUCCUCCACAGCAAAUGCAACAAAAGGGUAAUCCCAUGCAACAUCCUCCAACUUCUCAAUAUCAGCAGCGCCCUGGUAUGCCUCCCCAACAACCACCUACAUCACAAAACCAACAAAUGCAACGACCAGGAAUGCCACCCACAUCACAAUUCCAACAACCACUAAGACCAGGAAUGCCACCACAAAAUCAACCAGGUAUGCAACAACCCCCAACAUCACAAUUCCAACAGCAUCGGCCUGGAAUGCCACCACAACAAACAGGAAUGCCACCAACAUCCCAGUCGCAACAACGACCAGCUAUGACACCAGUGUCACAACCACAACAACGACCUGGAAUGCCACCAGUUUCACAACCACAACAACAACCAUUGAUGCCCCCAAUGAUGCAAUCACAGCAUCGACCUGGAAUGCCUCCAGUCUCACAACAGCAACGUCCAGGUAUGCCACCACAGCCUUCAAUGUCUAUGCAACAACAACGACCUGGUAUGCCUCAACAACAACAUCCAGGAAUGCCUCCACAACAACCUCCAACAUCACAACCUUACCAGUAUGGAACAAGGCCGCCCAUCUCACAGCAACCUCCAACAAGUCAGAUGCARAAUCUAAGUAUGAACGCUCCUCCAUCAUCACAACCACCAAUGGGAUGGCYAGGACCUCAUGGUCGACCACCAAUGCCAGGACAGACAUCUAAUCCAGGACAGCCAACAUACCCUCAGAUGUCAACAGCAAACAGUUUGUCUGGUCCUCCAACAACAGGCCURUCAAUGAACCCACCAUCCUCUAUGGGAGGUAUGAUGCCUGGUAUGCAACAGCCUGGUAUGAUGCCACCAUCAUUUCCUGGAGCUCCACAGUCUGGUUACCCAGGUACUGGACCGACUAUGUCUGGACCAAGACCACCCAUGGGAGGCAUGUCAGGGCCUGGUGCCAUGCAACAGCAAAAGAGAAUUGAUCCUGAUCAAAUGCCUAGCCCUAUACAAGUGAUGAAAGAUGACCAGGAAACUCAUAAAGAGGGUCCAUUCCUCACCAAUACUAGAGGGAGAAUUCCUCCUCUUGUCACCAGCAAGUGUAUCAUUAAAGAUGAUGGUAUCCCAGCAGAAUAUUUCUGUCACCUUGACCAUCAAGGGCUUCGGGUUGACAUAUGUGAAAGACCAGAGCUUCACCUUGGCUCAUAUGAAUUUGUUGCAACAACAGACUAUUGCAAGGACCAAAAGCUACCAGGUCCACCAGCAUACAUCUUCAUGAUUGAUGUAUCCUACCAAAGUGUACAGUGUGGCAUGGUUAGAAUGCUCAUGAAGGAACUUAGUGAAUUACUUGAUCAUCUACCAAAGGAGUUUAAUGAUGAACAGUCAAGAGUCAGGGUUGGGUUUGUUACRUACAGUACUCAUCUUCAUUUCUACAAUGUUAAGGAAAACCUAGCCCAACCUCAAAUGAUGGUAGUAUCAGAUGUUGAAGAUGUGUUUGUACCAUUACUGGAUGGUUUUCUGGUCAAUGUYCAGGAAGCRAGAAGUGUUAUUGAUAGUUUAUUUGAGCAAAUCAAUACCAUGUUUGCUGAUGCCAGAGAAACAGAAACUGUUCUUGGACCAAUUAUCCAAGCUGGYGUUGAKGCUCUCAAGUCUGCUGGCAUUUCUGGAAAACUGUUCAUCUUCAACUCAUCUUUACCAAUAGCAGAAGCACCUGGUAAAUUAAAAAAUCGUGAAGACAGGAAAUUACUUGCAACCGACAAAGAAAAGACAAUUCUAGGACCUCAAACCAAUUUCUAUGAAAAGCUUGCAAAAGACUGUGUUGAGGCUGGYGUCAGCAUUGAUAUGUUUUUAUUCCCCAAUGCCUAYGUUGACCUGGCUACCAUUGGUUCUGCUGCAAGUAUGACUGGUGGACAAAUCUUUAGAUAUUCUUACUUUAAGGAGAAUACUCAUGGUGAACAAUUUAAAGAGGAUUUAAGAAGAACAAUCGAAACAAAUAUGGGUUUUGAUGCUGUUAUGAGAGUGCGUUGCAGCACAGGACUACGGCCUGUUGAGUUUCAUGGAAACUUUUUCAUGAGCAACACAACAGACAUUGAGCUUGCUGGUAUUGACCCUUACAAGUGUAUUGGUGUUGAAAUCAAACAUGAYGACAAACUCCAAGAAGACAGUACAGCRUACAUGCAAUGYGCUCUGCUAUACACCUCUGUCAGCGGGCAGCGACGUCUUCGUAUCCAUAACCUUGCAUGCAACACUUGUACGCAAUUAUCAGAACUGUUUAGAUGYUGUGAAAUGGACACUUUCGUAAAUUACAUCUCUAAACAAGCUGUAUCUCAAGUACUCACAGUUUCACCAAAAGAUAUCAGAGAAAAAUUAGUCAACCAGUGUGCACAAAUCUUGGCAUGCUAUCGACGAAAUUGUGCUUCACCUUCAUCAGCUGGUCAAUUAAUAUUACCAGAAUGCAUGAAGUUAUUGCCCUUGUAUGUUAACUGUAUUCUCAAGAAUGAUGCAUUGAGUGGAGGUUCAGAAAUGAGUUCUGAUGACAGAAAUUGGUUGAUGAGGAAAGUCCUGUCUAUGGACCAGACCGUUUCUGUCCCUUACUUUUAUCCCAGACUAUUUGCAGUGCAUGAUGCUGAUUUGGAGUCAACUUCACUCCCAACACAAAUCAGAUGCUCAGCUGAUAGAAUGACGGAUAACGGGAUGUAUGUCCUAGAAAAUGGUAUUGGGCUGUUCUUGUGGGUUGGUCUACAAGUUGAUCCUAAUUUAUUACAGCAGGUGUUYGGUGUGCCAACCAUUGGUCAGGUUGACAUAGAAAUGACAUCGCUACCAGAGCUUGAAAGCCCCAUUUCUGUGCGUAUACGGAAUAUAAUUGCUGAGAUUCGCAGUCAAAGACGGCAUUAUCUCAAGCUCACAAUUGUYCGCCAAAGAGACAAACUUGAACCUUGGUUUAAACACUUCUUGGUUGAAGACAAAGGAAUGAGUGCCACGCAACAAAGUUAUGUGGACUUUUUGUGUCUGAUGCACAAGGAAAUACGACAACUUCUCAACUGAACAUACAAAGAACCGCAAGAAUACUUUGCAAAUUGCUCCCAUUAUACAUUCUAAGAUUUUAUUACACACAUAAGGACAUCAAAAUUACAUUUUUUCCACUCUGCCAUGCAACAUUAUAAAUUAUUAUAUUUCCCUGUCAGUGGGGUUCCUGUGGCAGCUUACACAGGUAUCCUGGUAAAUAACAUACUCUUCUUACAAAUAAAAAUCCUUUUAAAAUUUAUUGAAAGYGUUGUUCAGAGAAUGUUAUUAUUUGAGCAGCAGUAUUAACAGUAGUAAAUCAUUUUAGGUGCUAGAUUGUAAAGCCAAGAGAUUAUUUUCUAACCAAUGUGAAAUAAAUACAAUUCCAUGAAUCA